AUGCAGCCCCCUCACGCACGCGAGCAGUUAAGUCAGUUCGUCGUUGGGCGAUGGGCGAUGAAGUCGUUGGUCUGGUUCUGGCUCUGGACCUUGUUCAAGUCAUCGUCGGAGACCGCCGGAACACAGGUCUUCGUAGAGGAUCUGACAGCGAAUCGGCAAUUCCUCACAUGCAAGGCACUUUAUAUGCACUCGCGUGUUAAAAUGGCUGCUACGGACAGGAAUGUUCCACGAGUGAAGGUGCUUACCAUCCCUGUGGGACUUGCCCAACGAGAACCGUGGGAUCAAGCAAAGCGGCACAUUAAUCAAUCAUCCUUUGCACUAGGUAUGGAUAGCCUUGCCGGCACUACGGCUUAUAUAGACGAGUUCCAACUGGGGCUGGUUGCAUUAGAAAUCAUGGUUUCGGCUUCCCGUCCCGCGAACCCAGAGCCACAAACCGCAAUCUGUGGCACUGGCACAGCCGCUAUCUAUCACAUACCUUGUCCGCACCCACCGGCUUCUCUCGCCUAUGCCCCGGCGCGCGCGUGGCUGGUUCGAGACUUGUCGUCACUCGUCACCAACAUCCCGCCCGCCACCUCCACGGCCGCCUACUGUACUCUACUGUACCUCGGGUCUUCGGUCCAUCUUGCAUACCGGGCAAAGGCAUUUUACAGAUAA